AUGGGUAUGCAGGCCCAGGGCCAUUCUGCCUGCUCUGGCGUGACAGCGUACUGGGGUUGCCUGUGUUUAUGGUCGGACGAGGAGGAGGCCUAUGAGACACCAGUGACCUUCCCUCCUCGUGAGGUGACUUUCCCUCCUCGUGAGGUCACCAGCGGUACGCCCUUGCCGGGCGCGCUUGAUCAGGGCGACGAGGGCACCGAACACCGCAUUGAGCGGUCUAUGGAUGCCAUGGACGCCGCACGCCGUUCCGUGAAUGGCGAGGGCACCGAGCAUCGAAUUGAGCGUGCGGUCGAGUCGAAGGAACUGAGCACCGGAUCGAGCGUGCGUGCGGUCGAGUUGAGGGCACUGAGCAAUGUGGAUGUGAGGUCUGCCGAGGCCGGAGCCUGCAAAGCUGUACAGAGGGACACGCAGUGGAAGUCUGCAAGAUCUUCUUGCACUGGCAAAGCAGGCGACGUCAGCAUCGCAUUCCGAAUCGCGACCCAAAAACGCAAACCUUCCUUUCCCAAACCUGAACCAGAUUUGCUAUCACAACUAUACUUGCUACUCCCUAAGCCACAAAUCUCAACUGCAAAUGACACAACUGGCUCACAACUUGGACAUUAUACCGCUACAGCUCGAAGCUGGCGACAAGUUACUGGGUGGCGACGGUGGAGUCACGCCUUUCGCAGUGAGGUCGGCAGGGCCAACAACACCGCUAGGGCGAGCACAGGGACGUGGAAGUGGCCGUCAACAUCGCUUGCUCACAAGCAACCUCAGACCACAACCCAACUUCCUCUUUCUUCGACCUUAUCACAAUUAGCUCUCAUUUGCAUUGCCUGGUCAAGCUUGAAAGUCGGUAUUCUGAUAAUACACGGCAAUGGUAUCAAGGAUGAGCAUUUGUAUGGGAAAACAAGAAAAUCGACUCACGGCCACCAAACCACAAAACCAUUUUGCACGCAUUUUUUCAAGAGUGCAUAUGGACAUGGAGGCGACGCGGUCGUCAAGGACGAGGAGAUGGAGGAAGGUGACAGCGACGCAGUUGUCAAAGACGAGGAGAUGGAGGAAGACGACAGUGCCGUCGUCAAGGAUGAGUGCAUGUAUGUCUGGUGCUCCAAACGCCAAUUCGACAGGGCGGGUGCCGUGUACGGCCAUUUCCAUAUCGAUAUAUGUUGA